CGCAUCGUUGUCUUGUUGGUAGCCACACGCUCCAUCGUCAUGAACGGAAAAUCAAACUGUUUUUCAGUUUACGAUCAAAAGCAAGUUCGUUGAGAUGUUACUACUAUUACUACGCACUGCGGCAUCUGGUGCUGUCACAUAUUCAUGCAAAUGCAAGGCACCAUCACUAAGAACAAGAACCCGAACCCUUAUGCAUCUUUUCCUUCCAAUUCAUUCCAACACCAACAUCAAUUCCACUAUCCUUUGUUCUUCAUCCUCACUCAAUGAUGACUCAUUUUCUAACCCUAAACCAACAACCAAGUUGGGUUACACUCCUCCAGAGGAACUCUUUGGCCUCGACGUUGAACUCAACCCAAGCAAAACUAACUCUCAGACACAAGAGCCAAGGUCUUGGUUUGGUCCAAAUGGACAGUAUAUCAAAGAGCUUCCUUGUCCGAGUUGCCGGGGAAGGGGUUAUACUCCGUGUACAGAAUGUGGAAUAGAAAGAUCAAGAUCAGAUUGUCCAAAAUGUAACGGAAAGGGUAUAGUGACUUGCCACCAGUGCUCUGGAGAAUGUGUUAUAUGGGAAGAAUCAAUUGAUGAGAAACCGUGGGAGAGAGCCCGUUCAAUUUCACCACUUAAAGUGAAGGAAGAUGAUGAAGUAGACAAGUUAGACAUAAAGUUAGAUGUGAAGAAAAAAUCCAAGCGUGUUUACCAGUCACCAUCUCCUGAAGUGGGAUUAAAGAUUAGUCGUUCAUUGAAAAGUCUUAAUGCGAAAACUGGUCUAUUUAGCAACCGAAUGAAGAUUAUCCACCAGGAUCCCAAGCUUCAGGCGCAAAGAGUGGCUGCUAUUAAGAGAGCCAAGGGAACUAUUGCUGCAAGAAAGCAUACUUCCAAGACUAUGAAAGCUUUCUUUAGUGAUCCGAUAAACCGUCAGAAAAGGAGCAUGGCCAUGAAGGGAGUGAAAUUCUACUGUCAAAACUGUGGACGCGAAGGGCAUAGGAGACACUACUGUCCGGAACUCAAGGAUUCUUCGGUUGACCGGCGAUUCACAUGCAAAUUAUGUGGGGAAAAGGGCCACAACAGAAGAACAUGCAACAAGUUAAAGAUAAGCCACGACAAUGGUAGAGUUAUAAAACACAAUAGGUGUAAAAUAUGUCGCCAAUAUGGCCAUAACCAGAGGACAUGCCCUCAAGUUGUUCCCAGCAAAAGAAGGGACACUCUCUUGAAUAAAGCAUACAAGUGUAGGUUGUGCCACAAAGAGGGACACAAUAUUAGGACAUGUCCUAGCAGAGUUGUUACUGAAAAUCCUCAAGAUCAGUAGUCUUGAGAAAAAGACACAAGCUUCUCUAGUGAUAUUUUAUUCACGACAGAAAUCAGAACUGAAAAAGCUGUGUGUUUUGCUCAUCCUUGUGUGUUCCCAAAAGGGGUUUAUCCUUGCAGUACUAUUGUAUGCUAGAGAGAAAAAAUGAAUCAAAAUUCUGACAAUAGAGCACUACCCGAAAUGCAAUGUAGCAGUUGGUUCCUAUAUUGGGGAUAGAAAGAACUUACACAGUGAGAUAGUAGAAAGUAGAGACUUUAGCAUCCGUUCCUUCGGAAGGUAUAGAAAUUGACUUAAAACUUGUUCCUCAACAUGAUAAAUUAUCUUAACCCAUGUCCUUAAAUUACCAUCUCCGCUCUAAACAUGUUUUUUGUCCCCAAUCUCUGUCUUUUCAGUUUUGGGACAGUAAUAAAUGCUGCUUAAAUUUACAUAGUUUUGCAUCGAUAUUCAGACAAAAGCAGAACAUUGAUUUAUCUUUAAUUUACCAUGAAUUGAAACUUGCUGUGUUAAAUGAGAAAUCAGAAAUGCAACUCAUAAACAUUAAAGUAUCUUUUGUUUGACAAUGUUGACUUAUGAGCAGACUAAGACUAGGUCACAAUGACACUGUGCACAUCUUAGCAAUUUAUUUGACAUCUACAGUUAUGUUGAGAAAGUAUAUUUUUUUCUUAACUGUUUCUUAGCUGCUAAUAAAAAAGAUAACAAAAAUAAUCAGUCAGAAAUGUUGAAAGCACCAUUCCACAGCGAUGGCAUAACAGUUCUGUGAUACAUUGGCAUUUUGCUGCUUUCUGGAGACACUAAGUUAGGUAAUCUGUUGAUAUUGGAAGAAGAACCAAAGUAAGAUAUACUGUUAGUGUCAUUGUUAUUAAGAAUCCCUCCAAUCCCAUCACUGCCCUCUUCUGGAUAUUUCAAUUCAACUUCUUCAGCUUCUUCAUCUGCAGAAUUCAGGUUUCUCUGCAUCAGUUCUCUAAACACUGAGGAUUUUAGGAGAAGUCCUAAUGCUGUUGGGGAAGAUGAAGGUGACUUAUAGCAUGGACUUAAAGGUGCCGCAAACUUGGAGAACUCUUUCUUCUUGGUGAUGUCCAAUUCGCUUGCAGGGACUGGAUGGAAGUUGAAGUUUGAUAGCUCGGUGGCUCCUGUGGCUAGGAUGGGGUUAGAGGUUGUAAAUAUCUGAGGGUCUGUGCUCGGCUUUUGAUCUUGAGAGGUGCUAGAGUGUACUCCUCCUGGUCUUAGCCAUCUGAUGUAAGUGCUCAAGUCAAAGUUUGUCACAGCAUUUAUGCCUCUGUAUUCAAUUGCAGCAAUAUCAUAUGCGCGAGCUGCCUCUUCUUGUGUACCUUUUGGACAAGACAUUGAGCACGUAUAAAAGGGAAUGGAGAGAAAUGGCAUAAAAGGUAACAAGGAAUUAAUAUUGCGAGAACUCACUGUAAGUUCCAAGGUAAAGGUACUUGUUGCCGAACACUCUUCCAAUCCUUGCUUCCCAUCUUCCAUUGUGAUGGUGCCUGUAAUCAAUUUUUAUCCUUAGCAUCAAAUAUAUGUUUGUAGGCAACGAAAGGUAAAGUUUGAUUGCAUGAGUUAGAAAAUGCUUCCCACCUUGCUACUCCUCUAUACUUUGAUACACCUCUAGAAAAUCCACUGCUUCUUCUGCAAUACACACGCAGAAAAGGACACAGAUUAUAGAACUUGGAAUAUAUCAGAAAAUUCUUAAUGGCAGUAUUUCUUGAGGAAAUGAGGUUUACCUUCUCAAUGAAGCAAGGUAUUCUUCUUUGGUUA